ACGAAACAGAGACGAAAAGAUCUCAAAUCACUAGCAAGUGCGCACCAACAUUCUCAAAUUCCUAGAUAAGGAGCACUUUAAAAAAUGAGUAAAAAGUAAUUACAUAAAAAAAUUGGCGUGCAUCACUUCUUUUUUCGUGCUUCUUCAGUAGAGAACAAGAACCCUAAAAAGCUCUCAACGUCUUCUUUCAAGUGCACACAAUGCUGACAACAAAUUGUGUUAAGGUUAAAUAAGUUCUCUUGAAUUGUCGAAGUUUGAAAUAAUGGAUGAAGAUAACAGUUUGAAUAUUCGUAAUUGGGGUUACUAUGAACCAACACCUGUUAAAGGAAAUCUGGGUCUUCAGCUCAUGUCCCCAACAAUGCCUGAGAAACCCUUUUUGGGUUCGCGCAGUGCCGCAAUCAUGACAAGUAUGAAUGGAGGUUUUAACCACAAAGAUGUUGGUGUUUCGCAGCCCAUGCACCCUAUGGAGUAUAUGAGGGGAGCUUGGAUUGGCCAGAGAGAAAAGUUUAUCAAUGUGUUGCCUGGAAACCAUAAUUAUGCGGCUGUUUUUCCUGAAACAUCUUCAGCUCAUCAUAUGCAAGUGUUUCAACCACCUUAUUCAACAAAGGAUGAACCGCUGGAGCUAGUUGAAGAGGCUGGUGUUGUUGAAAAGGUAAAUGGUCCUAAUAAAAAGAGGCAGCGUCAGAAAGCCCCAAAAUCCCCGAAAGCAAAGAAGGGUAAGAGAGGCCCUCAAGUACCCAAGCCUGAGGAUACUCUUUCUGUUCAACGAGUAAGGUCUGCCAAGAAAACUGCUGAAAUUAUGAUAAAUGGGAUCAAUAUGGACAUUUCAGUGAUUCCUAUACCAGUUUGCUCGUGUACUGGCAACCCUCAACAAUGCUAUCGUUGGGGUUGUGGUGGGUGGCAAUCAGCAUGUUGUACGACAUGCAUAUCUGUGUAUCCCUUGCCUAUGAGUAUGAAAAGACGUGGUGCAAGGAUAGCAGGGAGAAAAAUGAGUUUAGGAGCUUUUAAGAAAGUCUUAGAGAAACUUGCUGGUGAAGGCUAUGACUUCUCUAAUCCCAUUGAUCUGAGAACUCACUGGGCUAAACACGGUACAAACAAGUUUGUCACUAUCAGGUAGAUGUACCAUGUGGAUCUUUGUCUUGCAUACAUUGCAACCCAGCAUGUUUGUAUUUGUGUAUAUUUAUGCAUCUUGUCUUGGCAGAGGCUUGCAAUGUAGUUUGUAGUUGAUGAGUUUCCGUCGCAUUCGAUUAUUUUGAAAUUGUGCCUUUUUGGCGCUGACUGUUGUUUUAUGGUCUUUCUGCAUGUAGUCUUAGCUGUUUCAAACUUAUUCCAGGGAAAAUGAUGCAGUAGAUGAGAUUUAUUUGAUA